UUUAUUAACAACGAAUGGCAUGAGUCUAUAAGUGGAAAGAAGUUCCCCACCUACAACCCUUCAACGCUGGAGAAAAUUUGUGACAUUGAGGAAGGAGACAAGCCUGAUGUGGAUAAUGCAGUGGAAGCAGCGAAGGCAGCAUUCCAGAGGGGCUCUCCAUGGAGACAGAUGGAUGCCCUAAGCAGAGGACGACUCCUGCACAAGCUGGCUGAUCUUCUUGAGCGAGACAGAGUCAUCCUGGCAACUCUGGAAACAAUGGACACAGGAAAACCUUUUCUGCAGGCUUAUUUCAUUGACCUGGAAGGUUGUAUAAAAACACUCCGAUAUUACGCUGGAUGGGCUGAUAAAAUUCAGGGCAGAACUAUCCCAGUGGAUGAAAAUUUUGUCUGUUUCACCAGGCAUGAACCGAUGGGUGUCUGUGGAGCUAUAACUCCAUGGAACUUCCCAUUGCUAAUGCUGGUUUGGAAGAUGGCACCAGCGCUGUGCUGUGGAAACACUUUGGUUAUUAAGCCAGCUGAACAAACUCCUCUCACGUCGCUGUACAUUGGCUCACUGAUCAAGGAGGUGGGUUUCCCUCCAGGUGUGGUGAACAUUGUGCCAGGCUACGGCCCCACAGCUGGAGCUGCUAUUUCUACCCAUCACAGCAUUGAUAAAAUUGCUUUUACUGGAUCAACAAAGGUUGGAAAACUGAUCAAGGAAGCUGCUUCUAAAAGCAACCUCAAAAGGGUGACAUUAGAGCUUGGAGGGAAAAACCCCUGCAUUGUGUGUGCAGAUGCAGACUUGGACUUGGCAGUGGAAUGUGCCCAUCAAGGCGUGUUCUUCAAUCAAGGGCAGUGCUGCACCGCUGCCUCGCGAGUGUUUGUGGAGGAGCAGAUAUAUCCGGAGUUUGUCAGGCGCAGCGUGGAGUAUGCCAAGAAGAGACUCGUUGGAGACCCCUUUGAUGCCAGAACUGAACAAGGGCCUCAGAUUGACCAAAACCAGUUUGAUAAAAUCCUGGAGCUGAUAGAAAGUGGGAAGAAAGAAGGGGCUAAGCUGGAGUGUGGGGGUCUUGCCAUUGAAGACAGAGGCCUGUUUAUAAAACCCACUGUGUUUUCAGAGGUCACUGACAACAUGCGUAUCGCCAAAGAAGAGAUUUUUGGGCCAGUUCAGCCAAUUAUGAAGUUUAAGAGUAUAGAAGAGGUCAUAAGAAGAGCCAACAGUACCGAGUACGGACUUACGGCUGCAGUGUUCACAAAGAAUCUGGACAGAGCAUUAACGCUAGCUUCUGCAUUGCAAUCAGGAACUGUCUGGAUCAACUGUUACAAUGCGCUCUACGCACAGGCUCCUUUUGGUGGCUUUAAAAUGUCAGGCAAUGGCAGAGAACUUGGUGAAUAUGCUUUGGCAGAAUACACAGAAGUGAAAACAGUCACCAUUAAACUCUCCCAGAAGAGUCCAUGAAAACAGAAGGCCUAAAAUGCUGACACUCUGAAUGUGACACAUGGGGGACGUGUUCAGAGCAAGGGGGAGGGGAGGGGUAGGAAGGAAAAUGGAAACACCUAACUUUAUUCCUCUAGAAACACUGAAUCUACUGGACUCCAUUUUGUCAACUGGCUCUUCGAAAACUGAUUUAAUGGACCCUACCGGCAGCAUAGCACACACUUGUACUGUACAAGCCCCUGGCUGUACACCCAUCUGCUACCUGUAACUAAAAUGCUGGUCAGUGAUAGUGUUUGCAGGACAUCUGCUUUCAAACUGUACCCCUGAAGGACGCGGACAUCAAUGGCAUGUUAGAGAGACUUCUGGUACCGUUAGCAUGGAGUGUUAAACACCUUCGGAGGCAUAUGGGUUUCACUUGGCAUAAAGGGACUUGAGCGGUAGGGUUGAUACAGCUUGACUGAAGUUGGCGGAGUCUGUGUGGAGAUUGCAGGUGGAGUUUGGAAUGGGAGUGCAAGCUUUCAUGGAAGGAUCUGUAAAGAAAUUCUCUUUGAAAGAGCUAUCUUGGUCUCUCUAAAGAUACAUGCAUUCUCCAUGUUGGUGAUAUUCUAGCCCUGAAUGAGAUUUGUGGAAGUUUCCUAGAGGACUCCUUUGGGGCCAGCAUUUCACCCAGCAGAGCUAGACUUUAAAGUGUCCUUGGAACCUGAUGUUUUGGUGUGCACACAUUACACAUGCUGCAAAUGCAAGUUACUGACUUGCUAACCCUUCUGGCUCCGAAUGAGCCACAAAUCUAUCUCAAACCUUCACUAUAGCACUUUUCGCAAGAGGAUUUUGCACUGUACUUAACG